AUGGAGAGAUCCCGCCGCCUGCUGCUGGUGGCGGGCCUGCUGGCGGCGCUGCUGCCGGCGGCGGCGGCCGCCUUCGGGCCGCAGCCGGGGGCGCCGUGCAAGCCCACGCUGCUGGCGACGCAGGUGGCGCUCUUCUGCGCGCCCGACAUGCCCACGGCCCAGUGCUGCGAGCCCGUCGUCGCCGCCGUCGACCUCGGCGUCGAUUAUCGUCGUCGAUUAUCCUCGCCGUCGACCUCCAGUAGCAGUAGCCAUGUCCACGCCUUCUUGUUUUGUUUUGAGACGAUCAUCGUCGAGAUCGAUUCCUGCUCCAUCCCGCUCGUGAUGACACUCUGUUUCGAACCGCAACGCGGCUUUGCUUUCUGCGGUAUCUUCUGCCUUGUUUUUGUUCUGUGCAGUACGGUCAAAAGUAAAAACUCUUGCUGUUCGAUCGACCGAGGCCUGAGUUGGCCGAGCUUUUCGCUCUGCGGUGCAUCGCCUCUGCCCCUGUUGCCAAACAUUUCCAUGUUGAUCCUCUGGCAGCGCUGCUUUUUUGCAUGCGGUUUGCGUAGCCUUCCUCAAAUCAAAUGGAUCGCCUAUUGGCACUGUUUCUUUUCUGGUUGCGCACGUCGUCACCUCCUACUACUUUUUCCAGUUUUAUUUACUUUUGAUGAAGUACGGAUGAAUCGGCUGGUAAUUAACUUUGGUUGCUGUGGAUUUUGGACGCAGGACCCGCUCGCCCGCCCACCAUCGUCAGCAGCCCAGCAUCCCCGCCACAGUCGCCUCCUCCUCGCCGCAUGCAGCCACGUAAUCUCAUUGCCGAUCCAUGUAAUCCCUUCUUGCUCGCCAGACCGCUAGUGCGCACAUGCGCUACAGUUGAUAGGAAUCCGCCGAAAGGGUGCUGCGUGAAUGUAGUUAA